AUGCAAUGGUACACAGGUUACGGCAGUAGAACCAUGGGCAAGUGGGCGAUUCUCAUCAACCAUGAGCGUCUGUACUGGUUCUAUGGCGAUGGGGGAAGUGCGAAUGGCUACGAAAAGAGACAAUACAUGCGUCUCGAUUAUUUGGGAUACAUUUCGACAUGGUCUCGCGAUUAUCAUGUGUACCAUGACAAGUGGGAUCAGGCCCUCCCCUCUCACACCAUGCAAAACGGAAACAGCUGGGCGUUCUCCGAAGAUGAUAUCAAGGCGUACGGAGAUAUCAUCGAACAGAAUUCUGGAGGUGCUUAUUUUGCACCGAAUCCUUAUUACCAUCCCGGCGCGCCUCGGCGGCCACGUCGGCCUUGA